AUGCGUUUCGCAGUCGUCGUCCUCAUCACGCUAGCUGGCCUCGCUGUCGCGGCACCAGCACAAAAUUCAAACCAGCCUGGUGAUAUCUAUAAGAGAAGCGAAGACAGCAGCCAAACUCGCGGCGGUAUUCCAUGGAAGCGAAGCGAAGACAGCAGCCAAACUCGCGGCGGUAUUCCCUGGAAGCGAAGCGAAGACAGCAGCCAAACCCGUGGUGGUAUUCCUUGGAAGCGCGAUGAAGGGGCUUACUAG